UAGGAAAAGGCCUGUGCCAAGUUUUGUGUUUGAGGAAACAGUGUAUGGGCCUAAAACAGUGAAGUGUCUGUGAGAAAGGAAGGAACGUGAUAAUGACUGAUUAUUCAAGAUAGCCAUUUUUAACAAGGAUCUGUGAACUACUCUCUUUUUCGAAAGAGAUUUCUAACUUAAACAUGAAAAGGAAAUAUUGGGACCAUUUGGAUGCUGACAGGAUAAAGAACACAGUAUUUCACAGCUACUUGUAAUGGAACCUUUGUGAGAGUCAGUAUUUGUCAUGCACCCAACUGGGAACAUGGAUGUUGGUUUCUCCCGUUCUGCUGUUCAGACACUGUCAAGAAGCCACUGCAAAAACAUCAAACAGAAAAUUUCUCAAUGGGAAGGAAGGGCCAAUGGUGUGUCUAACCCAGUGAAGUGGCAUCCAAAGGACUUCGGAGUGAAAUAUAACUGUCACCAAGACAGCUUUCCUAAGAAAAGUGCUGUUUCUGAGGAACAGAGCAAAGAGCUGGACGUAACCAACUCUCAGGAUGUGGGACUGGAUUUGAAUGAAGAUGCCAAAAGCUUUGAUCAAAGCGAGGAGGAAAGCGAGACACAUGAACUUAGCACACAUUUCUUGAAAAAUGAAUCAGAAUCCAAUUGGGUAUGUUCUCGUGUGAAACAAAUUGAAAACUGGAAAGAAGUUGUUUUACAUCCAGACACUUCCUUACCUCCAGGAAACCUCUAUACCUCGCAGAUAUUGUGGAAGAAAAUUGAAUCACUUCCUCCCAAUAAAAUCUUAAAUUUGGCCUUAGAGCGUUGUGACUCUUCGGGAAAAGAACCUCAUUUCAGGGUUCUGGACAGUUCAUAUGGAAUUACUAAGAGCUUAGAAAAUAUUUACUCUGAACCAGAGGGUCAAGAGUGUGGGUCUUCUAUAAAUCCUUUGCCAAAACCUCGUAGGACAUUCAGAUAUCUGUCUGAAUCUGGUGUUAUGCCAGGUAAAGAAAGAAACUGUGAGAAAAAAUACUGUGAAAGUAAUUCUUGCACCGCGUCUUCUUUGGCUUCCUCUCGGGACCCUGAACCAAAGAAAUAUGGUGGAAAAAUCAGAGGGCGAUCUAAAAGGAAAUCCUUUGAAUUUGAGGAUAUUCAGCACUUUCGAAAUCGGAACUCACAGAAGAUUCAUGAAGAACUGGGAAGAAAUUCUGGUUCAGCACUUUAUUACACGCAAUCCGAGGAUAAUAUCUAUGAGGAUAUCAUAUAUCCUGCCAAAGAAAAUGCCUAUGAAGAUAUUCCAGUGCAGCCUCUACCCAUGUGGAGAUCCCCUUCAGCAUGGAAGCUGCCACCCCCUAAAAAUGCUUUCAGAACACCCAAGCUUCCUCCCAAACCUCUGUUCCUGCACCGGAAGACAAUGGAACUGAAAAACUCGCAAGCUUGUUUGCGGUCGAAGCUCACCAAGGAUACCACUUUACCUGUUACGUUAACUGAAUGGAAGCUUUUCAGAGCUGGGGAAGUUGCAAACAGGAAAAGGAGAAAUCUUCCAAGGCUUGUUUUGAAAAUAGAUGACAUAUUUGAAUCUAAGAGAGGGAAGAAGAGGGUAAAGUUACUUCCUUACACUGGAAAAGAGGCACCUUCUUCAAAAGGUGAAACCAGUGGGAACGAAAGUGAUGCCGAGUAUCUGCCAAAGAAUAGCCACAGGCGCCUAGCACAGCUCCAGCAGUCCUCCAAAAGGAACCCUCACUACCAAACCUUGGAGCGGGAUCUCAUUGAACUACAAGAGCAGCAGCUGUUCGAACUUUUUGUAGUGGUGUCUCUGCAGAAGACGCCAUCGGGAAUCAGCUACAUUCCCCAGGUCAUUCAGCAGUUUCCUGGCAAGGGUGAUCAUGGCUACAAGCAAUCCAAAGACAUGGAAGAGAGGCUCAAAGUUAUCCCCAAAUUCUGUUUUCCUGAUUCAAAGGACUGGGUGCCGACCUCAGAACUCAAGAGUGAAACCUUCUCCUUUGUCUUGACUGGUGAGGAUGGCAGCCGGUGGUUUGGUUACUGCAAGAAGCUCUUGCCAGAGGGAAAAGGAAAGCGACUCCCUGAGGUGUACUGCAUGGUCAGUCGCCUGGGCUGCUUCAAUCUGUUUUCAAAGAUUCUGGAUGAGGUAGAGAAAAGAAGAGAAAUGUCUCCAGCCCUUGUUUACCCAUUCAUGCGAAGUGUCAUGGAAGCUCCUUUUCCAGCCCCUGGACGCACCAUCACAGUGAAGAGCUACCUCCCUGGGGCCGGAGAUGGGUCCAUUGAGCUUUGUCGACCACUGGAUUCCCGAUUGGAGCAUGUUGAUUUUGAAUGCCUGUUUAAGUGCCUGAGUGUGUGUCAUCUCAUCCGGGUCUGUGCCUCUCUCCUUCUAGAGCGGAGGGUUAUCUUUGUCGCCAACAGCCUAAGCACGCUGUCUAAAUGUGGCCAUGCUGUGGUUGCCACACUGUACCCCUUCACCUGGCAGCACACCUACAUCCCAGUUCUACCAGCAUCCAUGAUUGAUAUUGUGUGCUCUCCGACUCCAUUCCUGAUUGGAAUCCUCUCUUGCUCCUUACCGCAGCUCCAGGACCUACCCAUUGAGGAGGUGCUGAUAGUCGAUCUCUGUGCAGACGAGUUCUUACAGGAGGUAUCUGAUGAGGAUGAAAUUCUGCCUUCUAAACUUCAAGCUGCCCUGAUGCAGAUUUUGGAAGAACGAAAUGAAAUCUUAGCUCAGGAGCAGAGCUUCUCACAAACAGAUGUGACACUUGACUCUCUAGUAUCUGAAGCAUUUGUCCGAUUUUUUGUGGAGCUAGUGGGACAUUACUCUUUGAACAUGACUGUCACGGAGCGUGGGGAACGUGUAUUCCAAAGGGAGCCAUUCCGGAAGUCCCACACCUCCCGAAGUGUACGCCACUUCCUGGAUCUCUUCAUGGAGACUCAGAUGUUUGCAGGAUUCAUCCAGGACCGAGAGCUGCGGAAAAGUGGGGUUAAAGGUUUGUUUGAAGUUCGGGCCCGUCAGUAUUUAGAAACAAUUCCUGAGUCCGAGCCCAGUGGAAUGAACAGAAUUUUGCGAAGCCUCGGAAGUAAAAUGAAAUUUCUGCAGAAGAAAUGAAAUUUUGAUUGACUCUCUCCAUCCUAAAUAGAACAGCAAGUGCCAAAAAAAAAAAAAAAAUACUUUCCCAAGUGUCCGGAUCCUUUGAAGUAUUCUACAAAAUCGUUGACCUUUAAAAGUCUAAAGAGCAAGACGCUCUUGGAGGACUGUCCUGAUGCUGCUGUAGUCAUCACUGGAAUUGGGAAUCGUCUGGAACCAAUGCUCUGGAAUUGUGGGGAACAGUCUGGAACCAGGGUUCUGUAGUUUGUGUUUUAUUGGGUUCAUUAUCUGUAUUUUGUGUUUAGUUUGUGAAGGAGAACAGUUUCUUGGUGUUGUAUUUAUAAAACAGCUGCAGAUAAUGAGUAUAAUGAAGAAACACUGAGUUCUGAGUCCUUCGGAAACAUGAGAGAAGUGGAGAGCACUUAGCUAUACAUAAUUUUCACCACUGUAAUGUCAUGGCAGCUUUUAACCCAGUGCAUGUUUGGGCUGCAUUAGGAAAUCUAAUUUCUGGCAAGGGGAAGCUCAGUCACUUGCAGCCCUCCUUGUUAGCACUGCUGUUGUUAACUUAUAAAAGUACACAUUUUGUAGCUCCUCCACGGUAGGUGGCACAGGAGUAGCUUAUCCUUCAUGUGUCAACAUUGAACUUCGUGGAAUUUUAGAUAAUAGGCAAAUGUCCUCUCACGAGACAUUGUUAAACUAUUUUGGGGUGUGUGUGUGUGUACCAUCUACCUUGCAUUGUGGCACGUGUACAUAUAUCAUCUUAUUCAAGCCUUUAAUCAACUAUAUAAGAAAGAUCAUUGCAUCUGUUUUGCUAAUAAAGAAACUGGAAUUCAAAUAGGUUGAAUAACUUUUCCAAAGUUGUACAACAAAUGCAGAACUGAAGCCAGGUAUUUUUUUUUUCUUUGAAGCCAGGAAUUUAAUUUUAUUUAUACAGAUAAACUUGACUAGAUGCAAAUUUGAACUCUAGGGGACUACAGUUAUUUAACAAGUUUUCUAUUAAAUAUAUCAGAGCAACCUGUCAGUGCUGAGGAUAAGGGAUUUUAUUUAAAUUAUUGGUGCCUAGAUGAGAGUUUUUUGAUUCCCUGGAAUUGUUGAGAAGUUUGCUUUUAAUUAAACUGGACUUAGAAUAUGAUCAUCUCGAGCAUAUCCCACAUCAUGAGGUCUCCUACCAUCUAAAGUAGUGGUAGGGACUGGAAAACAGGAUUGUCAGUGAUGGUGCAGUUUUCAUUGACAAAUUACAGCAAGCAUUAGCUUGUUUUUUUCAACUCCUGCCGAUGAUUAUAACUGGCAUAGAAAAUAUUAAGAUUUUCAAAACUUCAAAGUUAUAUUGUGACACAAAAUAUUGACUUGUACAGUGUAGUCAUUGCAGUCCACUCAUGUGUGCAUAAGUGAAUCACACAUCACUUAACGUCAGUGCUAUAUGCUUCCUGUAGAUACGGAUCCUGGGCAUAGCACUGAGCCUGUAAGAGCUUACCCCAAUGGGGCGGCUAGAAAUCUUACCGUUGCUCUUUUCUUUACACACCAACCAUGAGUGAACAAUUAGUGACUGGUUGUUUAUAAGAAGGGCUUUCUGGGGCUGUUCUUGUGGCACAGCAAGUUAAGAAAGCUGGCAUUCCAUGUGGGUGUGCUGGUUGGAAUCUCUGCUGUUUCAUUUCUGAUCCAGCCUCCUGUUAAUGUGCACGGGGAGGCAAGUAGAGGAACUAAGUUCUUGCCCCUACAAGUCAGACGGGCGGGAGAGCAGUCUGACUUAAGCCUGGCCCAGACCUGGCUGUUGGAACCAUCUAAGUCAUGAACCAGUGAACAGAAGUCUCCCCACUUCCUCCUUUCCUCCCACGCUCCCUCACAAAUGAGUCUCUUUGCAAUGGGCUUAGGAGAGGUUUACUGUUGUGGAACCUGUUUAUCCCUCUGUGAAGUGGCCCCUAUUUCAAGGAUGGGAUAUCCCUGCAAUCUAAGGUUGCUUUCUAUCCUUACCUGUGUUGAACUGUAUUUUUGUAAAAUGUUGUGAAUUCUGAACAUGUUUGUUAAAAACACACUGCUUAAGAUUUGUAUAAAAUGUUUACAGAUCUUUUAAUGAAUAAAAACAUAAAAACCUCA